UAUUGGUUUUUCUCCUUUCAGUAGCUCAUACCAGACAAGUAGACCAAUUAAUCAAGCUGGCUAGCCGCGAAGGUUCAUGCUUCUCUGCACCUAAUAGCUAUAUAAGCAUGAGUACCAUCUCUCUGAUCUUGCAUUACUCUCAGACCAUUACAUACCCGGUCAUUAAUUGAUAUCCCCUUCACUCUGCGCCAACUUCUGCAACCCAAGCAAUCCAGACAUGAAAGACCUCACAUACACCCAACUCUUCCAAGCUUCCAUUGCAGUUCUCUUAACCUCAACCCUCCUCGUUCAUACCCUCUUAUCCGGCACCACACUCACCCACAUCCUCGGUUUCCUCUCCCACAACCUCACAGUCUCGCUGUCCUGCGCCUGGUGCCUAUUCAUCUCCAUUAUCUACUACCUCUUUACCCGCCCACGUCCAGUCUUGAUGCUAGACAACACCUGCUUUAAACCCAGCUUCGACCGUAGGCUGAGUCUCGAGGUCUGUGAGUAUUUUGUGCGUCGGAGUAGACGCUUCAACAGCACAAGCGAAGAAUUCAUGCGAGGCAUUUAUCUCAAGUCUGGCCUGGGUGAGGAAACUUAUGCACCUCCCUUCAUCUUCCAGACAGACUACGAAGCCAAGCUGCAAUCCGCCAUUCAAGAAUCCCAAGAAGGGAUGUUCUCUACCGUUGAUUCUCUCCUGGCUAAAACCCAGAUCGACCCACAGCAGAUUGACAUCGUCGUCGUCACCUCUGGCUCCUUCGCGCCCUCUCCAUCUCUGUCGGCACUUAUAGUUAACCGUUAUAAGCUGAGACCCGACGUUAAGACCUUCAACUUGAGCGGCAUGGGUUGUAGUUCUGGAGUCAUGUCCAUUGACAUGGCUGCUAAGCUCCUGAGCAGCAGUAGGCGUGUCAGGUAUGCACUCGUCGUGGUCACCGAGAGCAUCAGCUUGAAUUGGUACUUCGGCGAUGACCGCUCCAUGCUCGUCACCAACUGUAUCUUUCGUGUCGGUUGCGCUGCCGUCAUGAUGACCAAUGACCCGAGUCGCCGGCAGGAAGCCAAGAUGGAACUCGUUAGUUCGCUCAGGACUCACCAUGGUGCAGACGACAGCUGCUACACAGCGGCGUUUCAGCAAGAAGAUGAGAUGGGUAACCUUGGGGUGACGCUCAAGAAGGAUUUGAUUCGGGUUGCAGGCCUUGGCCUGCGUGCUCACAUCCAGUCGCUUGCACCCCGAGUUCUCCCUCUGAGUCAACUCGUCUCGUAUGCGUACUCGGUUCUGAUGUGUGCACUAUCACGCGGCGACUCAAAGCCAAUGGUGCCGGAUUUCACGACGGCGUUCGAUCACAUCUGUAUCCACACGGGUGGGAAGGCUGUGAUUCAACAGGUGUCGCGAGUGCUUCGACUCAGCGGCGAGGUGACUGAGCCGGCUCGGAUGUGCUUGCACCGAUUCGGUAACACAUCCAGUAGUCUGGUGUUUUACGAGUUGGCUUAUUUUGAAGCCAAACAGAGGUUGAAGCGAGGUGACAAGAUGUGGAUGCUGGCGUUUGGGACGGGGUUCAAGGUGUGUAGCCUCGUCUGGAAAUCACUGCGAGAUUCGUAUUUAGACUCUGAGAAUCCAUGGAACGAUUGCAUUCAUCGAUACCCAUUAAAGAACUAGUAAGGUAAGGUAGGAAGAAGAGAGAACAGAAGAAGAAAGAAAAGAGAGAAGAAAAAAAAAAAGAGAAUUUGUGAAAUAAUUAUAAUCCCAGAAUAGAAUAGCUCUAUAUUCUUAUAAAAAUAAAACCCAAUAUGACUGUAUUAAUUCUUGUGUUCAUUGAUUAUGCAUUUAAGGAUUACCAACACAGAUUGCAGAGGUGGGGACUCAUGUUGGCUCUCAAUAAGUAUUUUUCAAGAGAAAAGAUCGAUGGAGGCUAGUUGCCUUAAAUAUGUGAUCAAUCUCAUGAAGUUAACUACAGAGGUCAACAAUAUUGGGUGGGUAAGAAUCCAUUACCCAGAGAAGAAUUCUCAGGGUCAUCCAUCACCUUGCUCAAUGCUUUUGCUUCUUCAUUGAAUUGUAAACAGUGCUUGAUUAUUGAAAAUCCCCUGGAUUUGUUCCAUAUUUAUCUGUUCAUCUUUUAGUCUCUGAAAUAAAACUGUUCAUUUAGCAAAA